AUGAGCUUUAGAAGUGUUGCAUCAUUAUCUAACAUUUGUAAUCAACGAAAUGAAAUACAUAGACAACUCAGAAACAAAAAAAGAGAUCAAUUAUUACAAACAAAAAGAGAACCACACUCACUUCCUGAUGUUUGUUCGACAAAUGAUUUUCCAAUAGUUGUAGAUAAUCUUCAAAAAAGAAUAGACGUCGAAGAAAAUUUAAGAAGAUUACGUUUUAUCAUUGUUAAAACGAAAGGGAAUUGUAUUGAUACUUUAAUUGAUUAUCAUGGUCUUCCAGCAAUUAGCCAAAUUCUCACUGAUAAAAGUAGUAGUACUAAUAGUUUAGAAAGUUGUUUAUGGAUUUUUAUUAAUAUUACUUCAAUGAGUGAUGUUUAUGUAUUUCAUGUUUUAUCAUUAGGAAUAUUAAGUUAUGUAUUAACACUAACACAACACUCAGUUGAAAAUAUUAGGACAAACGCAUUAUGGGUUAUCAGUAAUAUUGCUACAACAAAAAAGGCAUUUAAUGAUAAUGAUGUUCUUCAAUAUUUAUUACCAACAAUUACUCAAACUUUAAAAAUGUAUAUUGACAACACACCAACAGUUGAAGCGUGUGCUUCAAUAUUUGAAAAGAUCACAUUAAUUAAUCAAUACCAAUAUCAAUAUUAUCAUCCAAUCAUUGUAUUAUUUUAUGGAUUACCUCGAUAUCCACAUGAAUUUAUUGAUGGAAUGACUCAAUUAAUUACACAAAAACAAAUGAAAAAAGCGAUAUUCUCAAAUGAGAGAUUAUUACCCACAUUGGCAUCUUUACUUGACCCACAACAUUCUCAAUUAACCCAAUCAAUAUUAACAUUCUUUGUACAAGUCACAAACUUAAGUCAGAAGUAUUCUCAAAAAUUAUUUGAUGAUGAUACAUUUGAAUUUAUUUUUAAUAACUUUAAAGAAAGAAUUCGUUUAUUGAGGGAAAAUGAAACUGAGUCACUUGAAUUAUACUUUAUUAUUUGGGGAAAUCUCUGUCUUCUUGGAGGAAAUGCUAUUAAAUAUAUUGAUGACCAUAAAGUUCUUAUUCAAAUAUUAGCAACAUUUCAGUGGUAUAUUAGAAGUGAUUAUGAUUCGUUAGUGUUUGUAUUUAAUAAUAUUAUUCUCUAUGGAUUUUAUGAAGUUAAAGAAUAUAUUUGUUGUGAACAACUUUUUUUGAUUUAUACUUAUUUCUUAAAAGAUAUUGAUAAAACACCACAAAGUACUUAUGAAGCAUUAAAUGCAUUAAGAUUAUUAUUAGUUUUUGGAGAUGAAAAUGACUUAGAUACUAAAAAUUAUUACGUUUCAACAGGAUUGGAAAGUAUUAUUAAUGAACUUUGUUCUAAUUCCAUUAGAAAAAUAUCUGACUCUGCUCAAUUUAUUUAUGAUUUGUUUGAGGUUGAAGAUAAUUUAGAAAUGUCAGAAUGA